UUGGACAGUGGGGAUAUUCUUCAUGGUUAUAAACUCAUCAUCUGUCAUCCUAUAGCAUUAUUGCCCGCUUCGCUUCGCGAGUUUUUCAGAUAGGUUGGACUAUUUGUCUGUUCAUGAUUCUUGAGUUUGUCUUUGCUGCGUUGUUUGGGUACAGUGCGACUGAUCAUAAUGUAGAUUACACUAAAUUCAACAUGCCCAUUUCUAAUUCGCAGGCGGUGUCUUCUCUGUCCUACAACUUCUGGUGGAUUGUGCCGUCACAAAUGACUGGGGAGGGAUCAACGGCAAUGCCCUCAAGUUUUAUCUUGGUUUAUUUUCCAUUGCUUUCGACCUGCUUUUCAUGAUACAGCACUUCGUUCUGUAUCCGACGUCUGCAACUGCAGUAACGCCGUCGAAAUGGAGUAAAUGAGUUCGAUCGAAUCUGACUUUCCAUUCUUUGCGGCGGACAAAACGGCAAGUCUGAGGUUUUAAAGGCGAGAAAUCACUUUUGUUGGGGCUGUACACAAAUUGUACCAUAGGUUGAUGCGAGAAGGUCAAAAUGCUUACACUGUAUAAUGUAGGCAAAGACUAAAUAGUUGACUAGAGAUAGAUAGAGCUAAGAAUUAGCAAAAAAUUAUCAACAACCCGAACAGAAAUAAUAAUAAGAUUUAAGG